UACUUUCCUGAUCCUCUCUGACUCCCUCUGAUUCUCCACUUCACUACAUCUUCCAGUCCAAACCCAAUAUGGCAAGCAAGAAAUCAGUCCCAUUUCUUCAUUAAAUUCUUCUCGCAGGCACAGUCUUGCCUUGUUCUUGUAAUGGAACUCACAGAAAGGAGCAAAAUAAUGGAAGGUUUUGACUGGAGCUCGGGCAUUUGUGGGAAUGCCUCACAGAGAACCAGUCUUGGUUUUACUGCUAAUUCUGGCGUUAUAGAAAGUGGAUUUACUUCAUCUUCUUCUCUGGUUUUGGAUAACCAGAUAGGUGAGCUCGUGGAGGCUUCUGUCAGAGAACGAAACAAGGGCUUGCCCUCUGAGAGAAGCAUCGAAGCUUUGAAGAACCAUAGCGAGGCAGAACGCAGGAGAAGAGCAAGGAUCAAUGCUCAUCUUGAUACUCUUCGCACCGUAAUUCCAGGUGCUAACAAGAUGGACAAAGCAUCAUUACUGGCUGAGGUGAUCAGGCAUUUGAAAGAGCUGAAAGGGAAUGCAGAACAGGCUUGUGAAGGCUUAAUGAUACCAAAGGACAGUGAUGAGAUUAGAGUUGAAGAACAAGAGGAAGGUUCCAAUGGUUUUCCUUAUUCAAUUAAGGCAUCUCUGUGUUGUGAAUAUAAACCUGGGCUACUGUCUGAUAUAAGACAAGCACUUGAUGCUCUUCAUCUUAUGAUAAUGAGGGCAGAAAUUGCAACCUUGGGAGGGAGGAUGAAGAACGUGUUUGUGAUAAUAAGCUGCAAAGAGCACAACGUUGAAGAUUCUGAGUACCGUCAGUUUCUUGCUGGUUCUGUUCAUCAAGCUCUCAAGUCCGUGGUUGAUAGAUUCUCUGCUUCACAGGACCUCGUGGGAAUCAGAAAGAGAAGGAGGAUUUCUAUAUUCAAUUCAUCAUCUCUGGGAGAAUUCUGGUGAGGCUUACUAAGUCCAUGGGGGGAAUUUUAUAGCUCCUUAAGCAUGAGUAUGUCUGGUUGCGAACAACUGAUUGAUUGAAGAUACAUGUCAUGUGCCUUACUGAGUUACUGCCAUGUAAACUUGAUUAUAUAUAGAUACACUGAAAUGAAAAAUCUUGCUUUACUGCGUACUGCUCCUCCUGACCUGCACAUGUCCUUAUGCGAAGACGAAUCUAUAACGUGAUCGUUUAUGUGUGAAUAAUAGAUGUAGAGCAUUUAAAUUUUUAUGUCCACAAUUUUUUUUUUUCGUUUUUUAACUGUGAAUUAAUAAACAGAAUUCAAGCUAUAUUGCAAAUUUGCAAUUAUGCCUUUUUUGUUAAUUCAAAGCUGAAAAUCAUUGAGAAAUUUAUGUAAAUUAAUUCAUAUUAAUUUUUAGGAAGAAAUAUAUGUGCUAAGGGUAGUAUUACAGUAAAAUUUAUUUAGUAUAUAUUUCUAUUUUUCCAAGCAUAUUAU